AUGGUUUCCGCCAAGCUUUUCGCCCUCGCCUCUUUCCUGGCCGCCGCUCUCGCCAGCCCCGUCGCCAGCCCCAAUCCCAACCCACUGCCGAGCCCCGGCGCGAAGGCCGUCGAAGUCCGCGGCGAGCUCGGCAAGCGCGUGCAGGGCGUCCACCUGGUCAACUGCGGCGAUCCAGACGUCUAUUCCAUGGUGGUGUUUUGCCCCAACGACGGCAGCGCAGCGUGCAACUCGUUCCCGGGGCCCGGCAACGAGUGCGUCACACCGCCGAGCGGUGGCGUCCAGUUUUGGGAGUCGAGCGGCAGCUGCAGAUUCGACACGGGCGUGACCUUUUCUUGGAACAUCGAGAGCUCGGCUCAGUCGAAGCCCAACUUCUCCGUCGUCGGCAGCGGCUCCAACGGCUUCACCAGCUUCACCAUCCGCAAGGACAACCUACACACCAUGUUCUUUGAUGGUAACGGCAACGCCUGCCGCAGCGUCUACUACGCUCUUCCCUAA